AUGCUGAUGAUUUUUCUGCUGGUGUUGCUGAGCCUGUUGGAUCCCGUUACUCCCCGGGCCCGCUGCGCCCCGGGCCAGGCGUGCGACCCCCGGCCGCGGAGGGACGCCGGGGGCCGCGGAGGAGUGUACGAACACCUCGGAGGAGCCCCGAGGCGCAGAAAGCUCUACUGCGCGACCAAAUAUCAUUUACAGAUCAAUUCCAACGGGAAGAUAGACGGAUCACUGGAGGAAAACAACCCGUUCAGCAUCAUGGAAAUCACAGCAGUGGAUGUGGGAGUCGUGGCCAUAAAGGGCCUGUUCUCUGGCAGAUAUCUGGCCAUGAAUGAUAAAGGGCGGCUGUAUGCCUCGGAAGUGUUCAACCAAGAGUGUGAGUUUGUGGAGCGGAUCCAUGAGUUGGGGUACAACACCUACGCCUCCCGCCACCACUCCACGGAGCAGCCGCUGGCCCCGGGGGGGGGCAGCCGGCGGCGGGCCAGCGCCAAGCGGCAGUGGUACGUCUCCAUCAACGGCAAGGGCCGGCCCCGGAGAGGCUUCAAGACCCGGAGCACGGACAAGGCCUCGCUCUUCCUGCCUCGGGUGCUAGGCAACAAGGACCAUGAGAUGGUGAGGCGUUUGAGGGACAGUCAGAGCGCACAGCAUCAGACGCAUCACAACGGGCGCCGAGGGGACCGCCGCAGACGCAGACACCGGGCCAGGAAGGGCCGGGGCCGAGGGCCAGAGGACUGAGGGGCCCUCAGAGGGGCUGACUCAGCAACAUGGACCCUGAUGAGCACAGA